UCCGGCCAUGUGACUUCUUGGAUUGUUUGGGGUCGCGCGUUUUUCAGUGUUGGCGGGUAUUUGUAGAUUGCGAACCUGCUGUAAAGCCUCGUUGUUGAACACAGAAAUAAUUUACUCGCCAGAUAUUCAUCAAGAAAAUGUGUGACUGGACUGGAGGGAGACGACACGAAGCUCAGAACAGCCAACACGACAAUUGCUAUGGCCCUUCUCGGUGGUCCCACUGCAGGAAGAGAGGAAUUGAUGGGAGUCUGCGGGCCAACAGAGAGGUACACAGUCAUGGUAGGGAAACCAGUGGCCACUCUGACAACAGACAUACCAGUUUCACCACUCCCGAGAGCACAGGCCCAGUGUCUCGCUGUGGUAGACAGGCUGACUGGGGCAGCCAGGUGGAGGAUGCUGAGAUGAGGAGAGAUGUACACAGAGACAUGCAGCGUUACAGGAGAAGGAUACUGGGUGCAGAGGUCACCCAAAGAGAGAGGAAGACCUCCUCUGGCUCUUCUGGGAGCUGUGACUCCAAAGAGGGAGAAAACAUGGAGACCGAUGAGGCUGUCUUACUACGACGACAGAAACAGAUAAACUAUGGCAAGAACACAUUGGCUUACGACCGAUACAUUAAAGAAGUUCCAAAACACAUGCGUCAGCCAGGUGUUCACCCAAAGACUCCAAAUAAGUUCAGGAAGUACAGCCGUCGAUCCUGGGAUCAGCAGAUCAAACUGUGGAAGGUCAAGCUCCAUGCAUGGGACCCCCCAACAGAGGACGGCCAGGACAAAGUCCUCAAUAACAUUGAGGAGUUGGGUCUGGAUGAUGUAAUGGACAUUGAGCUGGACUUCCCAACUUUGUCAGACUCCCAGAAUGCCCCAGCCUCUCUCACCACACACAGCCUUUUACUGGAGGGUGAAGACUGUUUCGGUACUCCAGUGAAGGUACAGAAGACAGAAAGUACAGCAGAGCGUGACAUGGCAUAGGUCACUAUAGACCCUCUCCAAGAAAGUAUAACAUGUACACACACAUCUCAAAUGAUUCACCCCCACUCCGCCCUCAAUUUUUAGCCCGAAUGACUCUGCUCCAGCAGUUAAUCCACUCAGGGAGUCAGCACUGAUCUGUGGUGUGGUCUAGCAGGCUUCGCUCAUAUGUAAAUUAUAAAUCACAUAAUUGCUUUUUAGAAUGCAAGAAUAUAUAGAAACUGGCUGAAAUAAAAGGGCUCUCUAAAUAGUUUAAAGGAGAUAGACAAACCAAAGGCAAAGGAAUUUACUUUUAAUGAUUCAUAUUGACAGGAUUCUUUUUCAAGUAUGUACAUUUUCAAGUAUUGACUAGCAUUACUUCAGUUAUAUUGGGCUGUGUUUGUUUUUACAUUGGUUGUUUUUUUAAUUCAAAUGUUACUGUUCUUAUUGUUGUUUCUUUCGUGGUGAAGAAUUUCAAAUAAAACCAACUAAAUGUC